UAAGGCUCUUGGCGGGGUUCACGAGAUUCGUCAGUUCUAUCGAUGUGCACGUCGGCUUACAAACUUCUUUCUCAGCCAAGUGACGCUACUCGUGCAACGGGUCCCGUUCUUCCAUUAUUGUCCUACGUGUGACCGCCAUCAAAUCGAUUCAACAAUGUCCACCGCCGGCCUCGACCUCGCCCAACGCCUGAGGGAUCGGAGACCGAUCCCGAAGCCGGUCCCGGCUUACCUUCCGACUGCCGGCUCCGUGCUCACGGUUGAUAGAGCGUUGUACAACUGUGCCCAACGAGCCCCGCGUGUCCUGCUCGAAGAGUUUACGCUGCCGAUUCGGUCCGGGAAAGCAUGGAAAGCACCGGCAGGCUCAAUCGUGAGGAUCAGCACUCCAGAAGGACCCCAAGUAGGCGACCUGAACAUCUGGAACGCACACAAUCCCCGCGAGCGCUUCUGGGCGAGCCGAACGAAGCAGCUUCACGCGAGUCACGUCUCGACCGGUGAUCGGCUGUGGUCGAGCCUGCCCUACAUGCGGCCUCUGGCGACCAUCAUCAAGGACACACUAGAAUGGUACGGCGAGGACGAGCAUGGAGGACGCGUGCACGAUCUCCUGGGCACACGCUGCGACCCGUACAUCAACACGGUCCUCACUGGCGGCAGCUAUGAUUUCCAAUGCCAUUCCAACUUGACCCGGGCAGUAUUGCCGUAUGGAUUGAACGAGGGCGACGUCCAUGAUGUGAUCAAUAUUUUCCAGGUCACGGGGCUGGACGAGAAGGGACGCUAUUUCAUGAACCCUUGCCCAGCACAGCCCGGAGACCACAUCGAGUUCCUGGCGGAGCAGGACUUGCUGAUGGCAUUAAGUACUUGCCCCGGCGGCGACUUAUCGCUCUGGGGUUUUGGAGAGGACAGCGAGGAGGAGAUGAUCAAAUGCUGUAGACCGCUAAAGGUCGAGGUCUUCCGGCUGGAAGACGAGCACCUUUUGGAACGUGGCGGGUGGAAACCUACUGAAGCUUCGCAAUACAAGGGCAGGCACGGAAUGAACAUUCCUCUAGGGGAAGUUCGCAACUGAGGUUCUGCCCUGACGUCUGCUUCAGAGGUAUUUCUCUUUGCUGCCAGGCUUUGGUAAAGGAGAAUGGCUUGCGAGGAAGACAUGGGUAUUGUGAGAUACCCGCCUAGAGCCUAAAAUUGCUCAACUUCAAGUGUA